AUGCCGCAGGGCCCCGGCUCCCUGCUGCUGAUCGUCCUCGCCUCGCACUGCUGCUUGGGCUCGGCGCGCGGGCUCUUCUUCGGCCAGUCCGACUUCCCCUACAAACGCAGCAACUGCAAGCCCAUCCCGGCCAACCUGCAGCUGUGCCACGGCAUAGAGUACCAGAACAUGCGGCUGCCCAACCUGCUGGGCCACGAGACCAUGAAGGAGGUGCUGGAGCAGGCGGGCGCCUGGAUCCCGCUGGUCAUGAAGCAGUGCCACCCGGACACCAAGAAGUUCCUGUGUUCGCUCUUCGCUCCCGUCUGCCUCGACGACCUGGACGAGACCAUCCAGCCGUGCCACUCGCUCUGCGUGCAGGUGAAGGACCGCUGCGCUCCGGUCAUGUCCGCCUUCGGCUUCCCCUGGCCCGACAUGCUCGACUGCGACCGCUUCCCCCAGGACAACGACCUUUGCAUCCCCCUCGCUAGCAGCGACCACCUCCUGCCGGCUACCGAGGAAGCUCCAAAGGUAUGUGAAGCCUGCAAAACUAAAAACGAAGAUGACAACGACAUAAUGGAAACACUUUGUAAAAAUGAUUUUGCACUGAAGAUAAAAGUGAAGGAGAUCACCUACAUCAACAGAGACACCAAAAUCAUCCUGGAGACCAAGAGCAAGACCAUUUACAAGCUGAACGGAGUGUCCGAGAAGGACCUGAAGAAGUCGGUGCUGUGGCUCAAAGACAGCCUGCAGUGCACGUGUGAGGAGAUGAACGACAUCAACGCGCCCUACCUGGUCAUGGGGCAGAAGCUGGGUGGGGAGCUGGUCAUCACCUCCGUGAAGCGGUGGCAGAAAGGGCAGCGAGAGUUCAAGCGCAUCUCCCGCAGCAUCCGCAAGCUGCAGUGCUAGUCCCAGGCCAGCCUCGCUGCGGACCGCUCCCAGGGCCCAGCCGACCCGCCCCCGCUGCUCUGGGACGUCAGCACGGUUUCCCCAGCACACUCCCUCGGCUCGGCCUGGAGCGGCUUC